CUUGUGGUUCAAUUACCUGCUGGCACUUCCUGCCGAGGCUCUGACAUGCUUGUUUUAUCUCGCUGGGUAUGUUAGCUCCGAAAGGUACUUGUCGCUGUGCUGAGGACAGGACCAGCUUCAUCGCCUUGGCGUCUCGAUUAGCAUCCUCCUGUUCGAUUUCUACCUCUUCCGACAAACAACAAGCGGCCGGACUAAUCCUCUUCAAACAAUACGUUGUCACUUCUUGCCGAGCCGACCAGGCUGCCGUGGUUUUCGCAUCUUUCCAGUUUGCCCUGUUCAGUGCAACGUUUUCUUAUAAUUGCUGGACUUGGUACUCGACUACGGAAACGGCCACAGCGAAGCGAGAGCAAAGAGGACCAUCCAGGCGACAGCCGUAUUAUGAUGAGUUCUUCAAGUUGCCACGCUUACCACGUCUGCCAAACAUGUCACCAUUGAAAUUGGCUAGCGAGGAUUAUCCUCCCGAAACACCACCAAACACUCGGAAAUCCGUCUGCCCAAAGGACAGUCCCGAGGGAUACCAGUUUCCGCUCGGAUUUAGUCAGCUCGACUCAACAAAUCAGGUUCCGGUGGACAGUUCACGCAUUAAUGUGCCUCCUGCUCAUCGGUUCUCGGAAGUCAAAAUCGGCUUCUCAUACACAAAGACGGACCCCAUCUAUUACAUUCCUGAUUUCGGUGCAGUUGACAACGAACAGACUGAGCCAUUUGAUGCCGCGAAAGGGCUUGGUUGUUAG